AUGUCCAACCCUCUCGACACCGAUGCAGGCUCGGAGCUCUUUAGCAGUUACGAAGCAGAGCUCAAACUGGUUCAAGCCGAUUUAAACCAAAAGUUGGAUCAAAUCCCUGAUCUCACUGGAGAACCUCGUAAAGCUGCCAUUAGUCAAGCGGAAAGAGCGUUGGAAGAGGCAAAUGAGUUGCUGGAUCAAAUGCGACUCGAGAAACAAAAUAUCCCCUCAGCAACCCGUACCAAAGUCAACCAACGAUUUCGAAAUCAUGAAUCGGACGUGGAUGUAUCCAAGAGGAAAUUAAAAACUUUAGAGAGCGAUAGAUCUGCUCUAUUUGGUUCACGUUAUUCCGACAAUCCAAAUGAUGUUCAACUCGAACAAAGGCAACAACUUCUAUCGGGGACGGACAGAUUGGACCGAAGCUCACAGAGAUUGAAGGCUAGCCAGGCAUUGGCAAAUGAGACAGAGGCUAUUGGUGCUAGUACACUCGCAGAUUUACAUAGACAGAGAGAGACCAUUCAACAUACGCAUGAUACCUUGCUACAGAGCGAAGGAUUCGUCGAUAGGAGCGUUAAGACGUUGAGGGGGAUGUCUCGUAGGAUGGCUACCAAUCGGAUAAUCACCGUGGCCAUUAUUACAGUCUUGAUUCUUCUUAUUAUUGCUGUUAUUGUUAGCAAGUUCAGAUGA